AUGGCUCAGCUGGCUCAGGCACUGAAACGUGUGGAAGACGUUGAUGUUCCCAGUAGGCGAGUUUUGAUUACUGGUGCUACGGGACUCCUUGGCAGAGCUGUGUUCAAAGAGUUCAAUGAAAAUAAUUGGAAUGCAGUUGGCUGUGGAUACAGGAGAGCUCAGCCCAGAUUUGAACAGAUUAAUCUUCUUGACUCUAUUGCAGUUCAUGACAUAAUCCAUGAAUUUCAGCCUCAUGUUAUAGUACACUGUGCUGCUGAGAGAAGGCCAGAUGUUGUAGAAAGCCAGCCAGAUACUGCCUCUCAGCUCAAUGUGUCUGCUUCUGGGAACUUGGCAAAAGAGGCAGCUGGAAUUGGAGCAUUUCUGAUCUACAUUAGCACAGACUAUGUAUUUGAUGGGACAAGCCCUCCGUAUAAAGAGACAGAUGUACCAAAUCCCUUGAAUUUAUAUGGUAAAACCAAACUGGAAGGUGAAAAGGCAGUCCUGGAAAAUAAUGAAGAUGCUGCAGUACUUAGGAUUCCUGUCUUGUAUGGAGAUGUAGAAAGACUGGAGGAAAGUGCUGUGACUGUUAUGUUUGAUAAAGUGCAGUUUAGUAAUAAAUCUGCCAACAUGGACCACUGGCAACAAAGGUUUCCUACUAACGUCAAGGACGUAGCCGCUGUUUGCAGACAACUAGCAGAGAAGAGAAUGUUGGACCCAUCGGUAAAAGGAACAUUUCACUGGUCUGGCAAUGAACAGAUGACUAAGUAUGAAAUGGCAUGUGCAAUUGCAGAUGCUUUCAACCUUCCCAGCAGCCACUUGAGACCAAUUACUGAUUGUCCAGUUGUGGGUGCUCUUCGUCCAAGGAAUGCCCAGCUAGACUGCUCCAAGUUGGAGAUGCUGGGGAUAGGUCAGAGAACACCAUUUCGAGCUGGGAUCAAAGAGUCACUUUGGCCUUUCCUUGUUGACAAGAGAUGGAGGCAGACAGUCUUCCAUUAGUUUGUAAUUUUUUUAGUAAAAGUAUGGUAUGUGGCACUUUUUUAAAAGAAAAAAAAAAUAGUUUUGUAUGAGUGUUCUUAAAUUGUGACAUUUAUGAGUUUUCAUUUAUUCGGAUAAACAUAUGGCCUUGCACUAGAGAAAGUUAGCCUAAAAAAACGUUCAGUGACAGAAACUGAGCCUAUUUGAUGUCAUGGAUCUUUCCUUCUAUUCGUAGCAGUCUAAGUUUGUGUCUGUUCCUAGCAGAUUAUGGUUCUGGGUAAUCAGUACCAUUUGAUGCUAAGAUUGACCUGGAUCACUUGUAGACUUAUUUUUGGCUGAAAUAAGUUGUUGAUGCUUAAGGUCUGUGCCAUCGUUGUAUAUACCAAUUUCUCUUCAUUAAAAAACACACUUACUUUAUCAUAAAAAAUCUUGAUAUUUCUGUUUUUAACUUCUGAAGGUGUCCUUAUGAAGCUAAACUGAAGCAGGAAUUGUUAAAUGUUUGUUUUGCUUGA